UGUUUCUCUGUAAUAAACACCAAAAGGGGAGGAGUUCCUCAUAUUUGCUCCAGGCUGUGCUCAGUUAAGCAGCCAGAGAGGUCAAAAAGCAGUUCCCCAGAGAGGAGCCAUCAUUUGAGAUGCUGCCGUUGACUGGGAAAACAAUAAUAUUUGAUAGCUUUCCUGAUCCUUCAGAUACCUGGGAAAUAGUUGAGACUAUUGGCAAAGGAACGUAUGGAAAAGUUUUCAAGGUGUUAAAUAAGAAAAAUGGCAGCAAAGCAGCAGUCAAAAUUUUGGACCCUGUUCACGAUAUUGAUGAAGAAAUUGAAGCCGAGUACAACAUUUUGAAAGCUCUCUCUGAUCAUCCCAAUGUAGUCAAAUUCUACGGCAUGUACUAUAAGAAAGAUGUGAAAAAUGGAGAUCAGCUUUGGCUAGUUCUUGAGCUGUGCAAUGGUGGAUCUGUGACUGAUCUUGUGAAAGGAUUUCUGAAGAGAGGAGAAAGGAUGAAUGAACUUAUAAUUGCUUACAUUUUACGCGAAGCUCUGAUGGGACUUCAGCAUUUGCAUGAAAACAAAACUAUCCACCGUGAUAUUAAGGGAAAUAAUAUCCUUUUGACCACUGAAGGAGGAGUCAAGCUUGUGGAUUUUGGUGUGUCUGCUCAGCUGACCAGCACUCGUCUCCGUCGGAACACCUCCGUGGGCACCCCGUUCUGGAUGGCUCCAGAGGUGAUUGCCUGUGAGCAGCAGCUUGAUAGCUCCUAUGAUGCCAGAUGUGAUGCAUGGUCACUUGGGAUUACUGCAAUAGAGUUGGGAGAUGGAGAUCCACCCCUUGCUGAUUUGCAUCCUAUGAGGGCACUCUUCAAAAUACCAAGGAAUCCUCCUCCAACACUACAGCAGCCUGAACUGUGGUCACCUGAAUUCAAUGACUUCAUUAACAAGUGCUUGACUAAAGAUUAUGAGAAGCGUCCAACAGUAUCUACUCUUUUGCAGCAUGAUUUUAUUAAGCAAAUUGAAGGAAAAGAAAACGUGCUUCAAAGGCAACUCAUGGAAUUUAUUGAUGUUCAUCAACAAAUGGGAGUCACUGAAAAGGCAAGAUUUGAACGUAUUCAUACUAAGAAAGGGAACUACAGUAAGUCACUGGUUUCAAACCAGGAAGAGGUAGAUGAUUUAGCAACCUUGGAGGUACUGGAUGAGAAUACAGUAACAGAGCAGUUGCAGAAGGGUUACGCCAAGGAUCAGAUCUACACGUAUGUUGGGGACAUUCUCAUCGCUGUCAAUCCAUUUCGGAACAUAGAUAUUUAUUCUUCACAGCAUUCCAAACUGUAUAUUGGAGCAAAACGGACUGCCAACCCUCCUCAUAUUUUUGCUGUUGCUGACAUAGGUUAUCAGUCCAUGGUGACAUACAACUCCGAUCAGUGUAUCGUUAUUUCUGGAGAAAGUGGAGCUGGCAAGACACAGAGCGCCCAUCUUCUGGUUCAGCAGCUCACUGUCCUGGGCAAGGCUAAUAAUAGGACUCUACAGGAGAAGAUCCUCCAGGUGAAUAACCUUGUAGAAGCAUUUGGGAAUGCAGGCACUAUCAUCAAUGAUAAUUCAAGCAGAUUUGGAAAAUACUUGGAAAUGAAAUUCACUUGCGGUGGCACUGUAGUAGGAGCUCAGAUUUCAGAGUAUCUCCUUGAAAAAUCCAGAGUUGUCCACCAGGCAGUAGGAGAGAAAAAUUUCCAUAUUUUUUAUUAUAUUUAUGCUGGUCUGGCGGAAAAGAAAAAACUGGCACAUUAUAAACUGCCAGAAUAUAGACCUCCCAGAUAUCUGCAAAAUGAUCAUUUCAGAAUAGUGCAAGAUUUCAUGAACAAUAGCUUUUAUAAGUCUCAGUUUGAACUAAUUGAACAGUGCUUCAAAGUCAUAGGUUUUACACUGGAGGAACUUGGAAGUGUGUACAGUGUCCUGGCUGCCAUUUUAAAUGUGGGUAACAUUGAAUUUUCUGCGGUGGUGUCUGAACAUAUGAUUGACAAGAGCAACAUUUCCAAUCCAGUAGCCCUUGAGAAUUGUGCGUCCUUGCUGUGUAUUCAGGCAGAUGAACUGCAAGAGGCCCUCACCUCUCACUGUGUAGUGACUCGGGGAGAAACAAUUAUUCGUCCCAACACUGUGGAAAAAGCUACUGAUGUCAGAGAUGCCAUGGCAAAAGCACUGUACGGGCGCCUCUUUAGCUGGAUAGUCAAUCGCAUCAACACUUUACUCAAACCUGACAAACAUUUAAGUGGAAACGAUGAUGGUUUGAACAUUGGAAUUCUUGAUAUCUUUGGCUUUGAGAAUUUCAAAAAAAAUUCAUUUGAACAACUCUGCAUCAACAUUGCCAAUGAACAAAUUCAGUUCUACUUCAAUCAACAUGUCUUUGCCUGGGAACAGAAUGAAUACCUAUAUGAAGGUGUUGAUGCAAGAGUUAUAGAAUAUGAGGACAAUAGGCCCCUCUUAGAUAUGUUCCUGCAGAAACCAAUGGGUUUAUUGUCCCUGCUGGAUGAGGAAAGCCGAUUCCCACAAGCAACGGAUCAGACACUUGUAGAAAAAUUUGAAGAUAAUUUGAAGUCAAAAUAUUUUUGGAGACCCAAAAGAGUAGAUCUAACCUUUGGGAUUUAUCAUUAUGCAGGAAAGGUUCUAUAUAACGCAAGUGGAUUCCUAGCCAAAAAUAGAGAUACUCUUCCGGCUGAUAUUGUGCUGCUACUGCGAUCAUCUGAAAACAAUCUGACGCGACAGCUGGUAACCCAUCCUCUUACAAAAACAGGUAACCUGGCACACACUAAAAGCAAAACUACAAUCAGCUACCAAAUGUGGACCCCUCAGAAAUCAAUUAGUCAUACAAAGAAUGAAGCAGGAGAUACUGGACAUCAUCCAAGAGAGACAACCAGCAUGAAAACACAGACAGUUGCUUCUUACUUUAGGUAUUCUCUGAUGGAUUUGUUAUCCAAAAUGGUCGUCGGCCAGCCUCAUUUUGUCAGGUGCAUCAAGCCAAACAACGACCGGCAGGCAAACAAGUUUGAUAAAGAAAAAGUGUUGGUUCAGCUGCGGUACACAGGAAUUCUGGAGACAGCAAGGAUUCGAAGACAGGGUUAUUCACACCGUAUACUGUUCGCUAACUUCAUAAAACGGUAUUACCUCAUCUGUUACAAAACAAAUGAUGAUCCUCCAGUCAGCCCGGAAACCUGUGCUGCCAUCUUGGAAAAAGCCCGCCUUGACAACUGGGUUCUUGGAAAAACUAAAGUAUUUCUCAAAUACUACCAUGUGGAGCAGCUAAAUUUAAUGCGGAAGGAGACAGUUGACAUGAUUAUUUUGAUUCAAGCUUAUGUCAGAGGGUGGCUGGGUUCAAGGAGAUACAAAAAGAUAAAGGAACAAAGGGAAAAAAGUGCUAUUAAAAUACAAUCAGUUGCCAGAGGAUACUUACUCAGGAAGAAGAGAAAAGAGCUAACUGAGACAAGAAACAAAGCAGCAAUAACAAUUCAGUCUCACUACAGGGGAUAUAAGGAGAGGAAGAUCUUCGAAACGAGGAGGGAAUCACUGAGAAAGAAACAAAAUGAAAAUGCAGCAUCCACUAGCAAAAAGGAAAAGGAUGAAGAACUUCAAGAUAAUGAGGAAAGUCCAGCUGAAGUGAAGAGUGCCCUUCCUAAAACAGAAGAAGAAGCAGCUGUCAUUGUUCAGAGCCAUUACAGAGGCUACAGAGUCCGUAAAAAUAUAGAGGAACAGCGCAAAAAAAUAGCAGAGGAAGAAUUGUCUGCUGUGGAAUUCCUUGAAGCACAACUGCAGCCAGCUCAAAAUGAUACACUGGAGGAAGCAGCAAACGAGGAGACUCAAGAUGAAGCUGAUGCUGUUACUGACAGCAAGUGCUCUGGGUACAGUCACACAGGGAACGUCCAGGAGCAACAGAAGACAUCCACUGAAGGAGAGGGAGCUUCUGUGGAGCAGAACCCUGCAGUAGAACAUGUUGGUGAAGGUGAAGAACAGGCCUCUUCAGAAGAACCGUCAGGGAGAUCUUCUGUCAAAAUCACAGCUGAACCUGGUCCCCAGCAAGAGCAAGGUAACCAAGGCACCCUCAGCACCAAUGGGCAAAAUCAAGAAUCUGCUGUGGUCCAGCACAGGACUGACAGGGAUGUGGAAGGAAACCACCUGAAACAUGAAGCAGUGAUGUCUACAGGAUGUAAAGGAAUUACAAGAAAAGAGUCACUAAGAGGCUCAAGGAAGCAAGUUGAGGCAGAAAAACAAGGUUCAGAAGACAAAGAGAAGGCAGCAGUGGUUAUUCAGAGCAGUUACCGGGGUUACAGAAGGAGGGGACAACUCAGAAAAGAAGGGAAACUACCUUGCAAAAGUCAAGAGAAAAGUAUAAAGGAGCCAACAGAAGCAGUACAUGUUCAACAUAAUGAUCCCCAAACAACAAAAGACAGGGAAAGCACCAGUACGGAGGCUGAAGACUCCAAGACACUGAAGGGAGACUCGGAGAAAGAGGCUUGUGAUUUGGCAGCCUUUUCACGGCAGAUAUCAAAAUUAUCCGAAGACUACUUAGCAUUGCAGCAAAAAUUGAAUGAAAUGAUAUUAUCACAUCAGCUGAGACCCGUGAUGCUGUCCAAAGAGAAGCAAGCUAAUGGCCGACUUUCUUCUCAUGUUUGUCAGUCAGUUGCGGCCAGAGUAGAAGACCCUCGCCCAAUGCAGAGACCCCCAAGAAGGCCACGGAAGCCUAAGACAUUAAAUAAUCCAGACGACUCCACCUACUACACUCUAAUACAUAAAUCAAUACAAGAUGAAAAACGGAAACCAAGAAAAGAAAGUCUGAGCAAAGUGCUAGAUUUAGAUAUCUACUACCAUGAAAUUUCAUCUACUGAUUCCACCUCAAAGGACAGCAGUUCUACUACAAGAAAGAAGAGACACCCAGUUGAGCGCAGGACUUCAAUUUUAAGAGCUACUGAGCGGUCGAGGGUUGCAGAAAGCCCCCUGGAAGAGAGUAAAACCGAAGAUAAUCCCUAUGACUACAGACGGCUGCUGCGGAAGACAUCACAGCGCCGGCGCCUUAUCCAGCAGUUCUAGCUGCUGCUGCUGCUGUUCCUGCUGCCAUUUGGCUUUUAUUAGCAUAAUCUUUUUUAUCAUUUUAUACCAUGUGCUUCCUUUUUUUUUUUUUUUAAUCUCCAAUGUUUCAAGUUUACAACGUGUGUGUUCAUGUGAAUAUGAAUUACUGUGGUUUACAGCCCAACACCGUUGCAAAGGGACACUGUCAGUCACGUAUUGUAUACUUUAAAAACACCUAAUAUAAAAACCAGCUUUCUUCCAAAUACCACUGCUACAUAUUAAAAUUAUUAGACAUUAAGCAGCUUAAACCUAGUUUACUUUCCUUAAUGUAUAUUUCUUUUUUUUUGCAUUUCAUCAGUCUCAUCCAAUUAAAAUAGAUCAUUUAGUUUCUAGUUCCCUAGUUAAGUUUUCAAAUUCCUACAUGCACCUUCAGAAAACCUUAGUUAUUGUUUCUAAUAAAUAGUUUUACAGGAAAUAUAUAACAAGAACACUGUAGGGGAAUUUCUGCCCAUUUUAGGUUUACAAUGCCUAAAUUUUGGGAUGAACUGUUAGUGGCAAGUGUCCCUCUAAAAAAAACAAACAUAAAGGAUUAAUUGGAUAGCACACUAUGGCAGUUUAUUUCAUUAUUGACUUUACUGUAAAGCUAGUAGCCAAUUUUAAAGGUCAAUAUUGUGUGUAUAAUCUUUAUGUUGGAGAUGUCCAUUUAUGAGAAGUAUAUCCAGCCCUCUCCGCUGCCUCUGAGCUUUGUGACUAAGUGAUGAACUUUUAAAUCAUGUUUGCUUUGUUCUCCUUUGCAUUAGAUUUUUAGGAAUCUUAAUCUCUGGGGUGCCAAGAAAUACGCUCUCUGGUUGAUUGCUGCCUAAAUGUAAUGAUCACUGUUAAUCAGUUCCACUAGAAAUUAAGUGGAAAUAAAAGCAAUAGCCACCAUGUUAAAAUUUUCCCCUGAUUCCUUAUUCAAAAGACCUUAUUUCACAGAAAUCACACAGAUAAUUGCUGCGCUUCCUUUCAGGAUUCGUAAUUGCACGUUCCCAGCUGCAAAGCAAGAGAAGGCAGAUUUCAUGAUGCCAGUAUAAAGGCCUGAUCCUGCUCCCUUGCUUAGAUCUCCUAAAUCCUACGAUUGGCAGCAGCAUCGAGCUACAGGGGGCAGGUUUUUGUCUGUUCCCCCCCCAACACUUGGCCCUAUUCCCCAGAGACAGGUAACCAUUGCUUCCUCAUCUUUUAGUGCACCGAAGUAAGAUU